AUGGCUAAACAUCAUCCAGAUUUAAUUUUUUGUCGAAAACAAGCCGGUGUGGCCAUUGGCCGUUUGUGUGAAAAAUGCGAUGGACGAUGUGUAAUUUGUGAUUCUUAUGUACGUCCAACUACGUUAGUUCGAAUAUGUGAUGAAUGCAAUUAUGGAUCAUAUCAAGGACGAUGUGUCAUUUGUGGUGGACCAGGAUGUUCAGAUGCUUACUAUUGUCGAGAAUGUUCAAUAACGGAAAAAGAUCGAGAUGGAUGUCCGAAAAUUGUUAAUCUUGGAACCUCAACAGUGCAAUGGGAAUAUAAAGUUGAAAAUACAUCAGAUAUCAGAUUACAUGGUCCAUUUUCUAGUGAACAAAUGAUCAAGUUAAAUAGUAUGGGAAAAUUUGAUUUGUAUAAAAAUUCUGUAUGGCAUCGACGAAUAGAUACAGAACAGUUUUAUGCUUUUAAGACGAAUUGA